UCCGCCCUCCAGGGAAAACGUCUCUCUCCUCAUUCCCAGCCGUCGACGGAUUUCCAAAACUACCAUCGUAGUUCACAGUAACUGAAUUUGUACUUCGAAACCGACUCCAGGGAUUUCGGCGUAACAGAAUGUGAUGCUUUGCACACUUAAACACGCGAGACUUUAAACGGGAAAAUGGACACCAGUUCAUAGCUAAUGAAACGCUGACAGAGCUGCUGAGUUUUUCUUCCCGAAGUGAUCCUUUUGUGUUCAGUCAUGGCUCGCGGUUGCAUUUGCUGUGUGAAGUACAUGCUCUUCCUCUUCAACCUCUUCUUCUGGCUGGGCGGCUGUGGCUUGUUGGGUGUCGGAGUUUGGCUUUCGGUUUCCCAGGGCAGCUUUGCCACGCUGUCUCCCUCCUUCCCCUCGCUCUCUGCUGCCAAUCUCAUCAUCACCCUGGGUACUGUCGUCAUGGUGACGGGCUUCCUUGGCUGCCUGGGUGCCAUCAAGGAGAACAAGUGCCUGUUGCUAAGUUUCUUCAUUGUUCUGCUCAUCAUCCUAUUGGCUGAACUGAUUCUCCUCAUCCUCUUCUUCGUGUACAGAGACAAGGUGAGGGAAAAUGCCCGGCAGGACCUGAAAGAGGGACUUGUGCUCUACAACACAGAGAACAACGCAGGCCUAAGGGACGCAUGGAACACCAUACAGACAGAGUGGAAGUGCUGCGGUGUGACAAAUCGCGGCGACUGGUCGAGCGUCAUGCAGGACAACAUUGUGCCAGACAGCUGCUGCCAGCAGGUUUUUCUCAACUGCGGACAGAACAUGACAAACUCCUGGACACAUGGCUGCUAUGACAAGAUGGAGCAGUGGGUGGAUGACAACAAACACCUGCUGGGGACCAUCGCCAUGUGUGUGUUGGUCGUACAGCUGCUGGGGAUGGCUUUCUCCAUGACGCUUUACCAACAGAUCCAUCGAGCAGGAAAGAAAUACCAAGCCUGAGAGGAUUCACAUUUGUUCCAGAUUACCUUAGGUACCAAACCUUCUCUAGCUUAUCUGUGUGCCACUGUUACUUUUUUAUUUUUAUUAUGCACUCAAUUAUGUUAAAUACCAAUUAAAAUAGUUUUUUGUUUGUUUUUUUAUUAAUAAGCUUUGAAUGAAAAUAUUGAGAUGAUGUCUGACGGUUAAAAGCCCUGCCUGUGGAAAUCAGCUAACAUGUUCAUUAAAGUUUGAUAUUCAACAACUGAA